CAGACCUGUUGCUCUGAUGGUGUUGGCCGUGAUCCCGCGGAGCUCCCUCUCGUCUCUUGUUUUUAAUUCACAUGCUCUUGCUUGAGGCACUGACUUGAAAAGACAGGCUGGUGCUCGAAGGAGAGGCCUCGGCAGCGUUACUGUGGUCAUUCCAGAGAAUAUAGUCAAACGUUUCCAUGAAGAAUAUUGAAGAAAUAAUCGCGCGCCAAAAUGAUAAUUGUGGACUAACGACAGUUGUACAUCUGCCUGUUUGUACCUAUUUCAAAAAAAUCGUGCGAAACUCAAAUCUGUUGUAGUUAAUGAAAGAGCAUUCCUACCAGCAAUAGUGAUGAUAUGAGCCCCCAAGUACUCUUCUUCAGCAACAAGAUUCCGGCCUGACACGAUCUGAAGUACCGAGGCCGUCAUCUGUGGUUCACUGUUCUUCUGUCAGAAAGUUAUCAAAAUUCUCUGAAGAAUGAAUAUCAUCAUGACAGGCCGUGUGAGUCAGCACUCGUGAAGUCUUCGUUAGCUGACGCUACAAGCAUUGCCCGAAGAGAGACAGGAACUUGAAGUAGUGCUAUUACAUGGAUAUGUAUCAUAUAGCCAGCUAAGGAUUGCUUGAAUAGACUUCUAACUCACAAGUGAUAUUACAGGUUCCUGAUUAUUGAGAGCUGUUAAGGUUCAUGAUCCAUCUGAUACCAAACCUUACCGUCGUUACUUCACAUAUUGAAAUUUAACAUUCAUCUCUUCAAAAGUGAUCCGAAAUGCAUAGAUACAUUGAUAAAACCAUUUCAAGAUUUAUAUCCUUCAUCUGUAUAUCAAGAUAUCACAAAAAUCAGUGUUUCGAAUGCUGUAUAGAUAAGCUGUAGAUCGUGCCUCAUAGUACACCGAAAACGUCAAUCUAAAGAAAAUGGGGUUUGCGGUAUCCAAGUGUAUGUGUAGUGACGUCGGAACUGAGAAAGAUUCCGAGACCGAGAGAAGCGAGAAGAAGGGGAAAUUUCUGUUUUCUCCUCACAAGAAAAGUUCGCCUGUGAUGAGCAAAGUGGAAAGAGCACUGAAGGCAGCCUUGUUGAUCCAGCGGUGGUAUAGGAGGUACUGCGCCAGACUGGAAAUAAGAAGACGUUAUACGUGGACUAUAUUCCAGUCCAUCGAGUAUGCAGGAGAACAGGAUCAAAUGAAGUUAUACAACUUCUUCAACGCCCUGCUAACGCACAUGGGGACGGGCUCUAUCAACGAGGUUAUGGAAGCUUUAUCCCCGAGGGCCUCACCCACAGCAGAGGACGACGAACGUCGCAGAUCAGCCAAGACGUUGUUAGAAGAAGCUUGGAAUGAAGACGUGCCAGUGGAGAGCAGUUACAAAGGCCCCCACCUGUCUAACCCACUUACGACGCAGUCCAUCCACCAGAUGGUGGAGGCGUUCAAGAAGAAGAAGCAACCCCUCCACGUCAGCUACGUCUACAUGAUUCUGAGGGAAGGCGUUCGUGUCCUACGCCAGAGAUCAACGAUCACGCAUGCAUCCACGGCCAUUGCAGGCCAGAUCACAGUCAUCGGUGAUUUGCAUGGCAAGCUGGACGACCUCCUCACGAUUUUAUAUAAGAAUGGCCUGCCUUCGACAGACAACCCUUAUGUGUUCAACGGAGACUUCGUAGAUCGCGGCCGGAAAUCGAUCGAAGUGAUGUUGUUACUGUUGGCGCUUGUUAUUGUCUUCCCUGCCGAGGUGUAUCUCAACCGAGGCAACCACGAGGAUAUGGUAAUGAAUGCCAGAUAUGGAUUCUGCAAGGAGAUCAGCAGAAAAUACAAGGCCCCACACGGACCUCGGAUCCUUCGCUUGCUGGAAGAGGUGUACCGUUGGCUCCCUCUCGCUACCAUAAUCGACAAUAAGGUCUUGGUUGUGCAUGGCGGGAUUUCCAGCGACACGGAUCUGAAAUGGCUGGCGCUAGUGGAUAGGAGCAAGUACACCAGCGUGCUAAGGACCCCAGCAUCGAGAUUAAGUGACGACACAGCCUCAGUUGAAGACGGAUCUGAGGAAACCGAGGAGGCCAGGGAGGUCAGACUUAUCACCGCCACCUUUGAGUGGAAACAGGUUCUAGAUUUAUUAUGGAGUGACCCGCAAACACACCUUGGCUGCAGGCCCAACUCCUUCAGGGGGGGCGGUAGUUAUUUCGGGCCCGACAUCACUCGCGACCUGCUGAAGAAGCAUGGCCUCUCUCUUCUCAUCCGGUCUCAUGAAUGCAAACCGGAAGGUUACGAAUUCAUGCAUGACAAUACGUGUCUGACGAUCUUUUCGGCUUCAAAUUACUAUGAAUCUGGGUCCAACAGGGGAGCAUAUGUCAAAUUACAAGGACCAAAUCUGGAGCCUCAUUUCGUCCAGUACACAGCAGACAUGAAGUCUCGAAGGCUGACGAUAAGAGAAAGGGUGGGCAGGAUGGAGACAUCUGCCUUCCGGGAACUUCGUGGUCAGAUCAUGGCCUCCAGAUCUCGACUCCUGGAGGCUUUCCAUCAGAGGGACAAGGAAAGAUCAGGCUACAUCAGUGUCUCCGACUGGGUGGAAGUCAUGGAGAAGGAGAGUCACUUGAAUCUGCCCUGGCGGGUUCUGAGGGAGAAGCUUGUGUCCGUGCAUCCUAUCUCCGGCAAAGUGGAUUAUAAUAGCACCUUCACUGAAGAGGCUUUUAAAGUUGACCUUGCUGUUAAGAGUGGACCAACAGUCGUAGAAGCCCUCUACCGUCACAAGAGUAGUUUGGAAACCAUUUUUAGGCUUAUUGACAAAGAUAACUCGGGUUACAUCAGCAUGGAGGAAUUCAGUGAAACGUGUGAGCUCCUGAGUCGACACAUAGACGUUCCGAUUGGCAAAGACGAAAUCACUGACCUUGCACGAUCAAUUGACAUCAACAAAGACGGCUACAUCGACUUCAACGAGUUCUUAGAGUGCUUCCGAAUCGUAGAAUCUGGGCAGAAGAGUAUAGACGAGGAGGAUGAUGACUAUGAAGACGAGGAAGUCAAUAUUAACGGCGAUACCCGCGCCUUCAUGAACGACAGGCGACUAUAACGAACCAGACCCAAUAAUACCAGCAUUUCUUAUGACGUUUCCUCCAUCAAAAUAGCUUAGCGUCACUGACCUAUCUCCCGUCCUCAUUGCGGAACCUUUACUAGUACAAGACCAGUUUGAACUGAAAAGGGCAACCUCUGAUUGUCCUUACCAGAAUUACCUUUUAGUUUCAUCAGUCCUUUUUAUAUUCCAGGCUACUGACAACCUGAAACUUGCGUGUAUGAUAGGAGGGACCCUAGUGAACUUAGGAUAAACAAAUAAAGGUUAUAUUACGUAUCAGAGUGACGAAGAGAUUGUGUAUACAGUAUACAUUAUAUGUACUGUAUUAUUAUUAUUAUUAUUAUAU